GACGUUAUGUGUAGGUGUGUUUGGCUGGGGAGACAGGAGAGUGAAGAUACAUGUAGGAGUUAGGCUGAGGAGAAAUAGGGAACCAUAAUCAGGCAAUGGCGAUGUGUUACCAUUCUUAGAUUCAGACAGAGGAAACGCCACUAUCAAUCAGCAUACAGGAAUGUGAUAUUCGCCUAACUACCUAGCGUGACGUUACGUGAUGCUGUGAUGGAAAUAUAUAAUCUAGCUCAACAAGAAGUUUGAAUUGUAUCUAACGUAUGCCUGAGAAAAUCCGCUUGAAACCAGAUCUUAUAAAGUUUUAUUUAACGUCAGGUACAAGGUAAAACAAUAGAAUAGAUGUACUAGCUCUAUUGAGCUCUUAAAACUGAUAGGAGUCCUAUUCGUUGAACGGUCGGAACACCAUGAUGUGUUGGUUGUGACAGUUCACUCGAGAUCGACACUCUUUAAACUGUUCCGUGCCAAGUCCAUUCGGGAUACACCUUUACAAUUGGAUUUCCAUGGUCGGAUGUGUUGUGUUUGAUAACCGGGAAGUAAAUCUUCAUUAAUUACCAUGGCUGUAAAUAAAUGUAAGCUUGUGAUAUUCAUAGUUAGUCUACUGGCUGAGACAUUCGACAUCGUAUGUGAUUGGUUGAUGUACUACGAGGUAAGCGGUCUAAAGCAAGGCCUCGUUUUCGGUCCCUUCUCUAAGGUCAUCGAGAUAUCCAUCCUUGUAUUCUGUUGUAUCGGAUGUGUGACCUACAUACUGGAGGUAAUUUUUGGUCUGGUGGACCUAAAUCACGAGGAUUACCUCCCGGAGUGGCUACUUGAAGGCCUGGACGUGGUGUCGAUAUGGUUAGAGGACGUACCCCAGAUAUUACUGAAUGUCUACAUAGCGGGGUGUCGGGAGGAGGCGAUCAGUGUUGUACAGAUGGCCAAGGCCUUAGCAACACUUGUGGAGGUUAUCACUAAAGUUUGUGUAACAAUUGCUAAAUCGUGUUACUCUAAGUUUAAGAAGAAGAAGGAGGAGGAGGCGGAGCAAAAAGGACAGUGUUUGAAAGUCUUUAUUGGAAUCGGACUCACUUUGAUGUUAAUUGGAUCAAUAAUGGUAUUCGGCUUCACACAUUUCUUUCUAGACUCUGAUAAUGUAGUUCAAUUUCACAGUCCCAAUAGCUUUGACAGCGGCAAAUAUGAUGCGUACAAGUACCUGAAUAGGUCCGGCAUCAACAUGAACUUUGAUUCUGGUCAAAACGCCAUUGUUACCAUGAACACGGGCCAAUGGAUCAAGUUGACGGAUGUGACUGAUGUCACUUCUGCUUCCUCUCAAACAGUAGUCGCUAGUGUGAAGUACGAUUCGAGUUCCAAUACUAGAGUCUGGAUCCAAUCCACCACGUCCACGGACCUGACCUCCCCAGAGAAGUCCACGUGUUACGAUACGUCGACCGCGCCGUUCACAGUGGUAACGACCUGCUCCACGGACUUGCCCGCUACAACUGUCACAACUUCUGUUGUAUUUAAGUUUGUGUACCAGAAGCCCAGCACCGCUACGCCGUUAGGGGACAUCAUCUACAACUUUCGGAUUUAUGAGGGCAACUGCGUCACGACUGCAAAUAACCCCCAGUUUUCUCUCGGUUUCGCAAACGUCGUGUCGAAUGUUGAGAACUCUCUCCCCCUGGAGGUAUUGUCGGGAACUACGGGACAGUACUACACUAGUGGAUCAUCACUACAGGAUGUAUCGAAGGCGUGGAAGACGGGUCAGUUUGGGUGUGACUCGACAGGGAGCACUGCACCCAAUCUGGACACGGCAAUCACAGUCUCCUGUGUGACGUGGAACUGACAUCUUAUAGAACUAGUUUCUACUACAAACCACUUAUAUUUCGCGAACUUAUCUCUUCAGACAUAUUCGCGAAUACAUAUUUUCGCGAACUGUUAUCUAGAAACGACUUUUAAUUCGUGAAUGAUGAGCUACUAGAGUCAUGCUAUAUUGGUUACCUGACAGCUUGGUCGCCAUCCAAAGGUAUUCAAUUCGUGCAAAUAAUCGCGAAGGAUUUGAUGUCACGAUUGACUCUCCUCGCGUAUUAACGCGAAAUAAAUUCCACAUGAAAUAACGGUGGUUUACAGUUAACAAACGGGAGAUUUUCUAUGGUAGUUUUCUGUUGUAGCAAAUAUUAGGAUCACGUAAACUGUAAGUGCCAUAUUGUUUUGGAAGUAAAGUUAUUUUUGUAUCGAACCAUCAA